AUGGGGGACCGCGAAGCAUUGCUGGAAAUGGGAUUUGAGCAGGACCGCGUCGACUGGGCGCUCCAGGAGACCAAGUCUUCUGGGAUGCAGGCCGCGCUCGACCACCUCGAGGCGCACCAGGACGAGCCGAUGCCGGAAAACUGGCGCGAAGCGAGCGAGGCGCCGGCCUCGGAGGCGCCCAAGUCCAUCCGCUGCCGCGAGUGCGACAAGGUGUUCCGCGACAUGGACCUCGCGAUGUACCAUGCGGACAAGUCGGGCCACGACGACUUUGAAGAGAGCACCGAGGAGAUCCAGCCGCUGACCGAGGAGGAGAAGCAGCAGCGCCUCGCCGAGCUGCGCCACAAGCUGCAGGAGAAGCGCGCAGCGAACGCGUCAAAGGACGCCGACGAGCGCCGCGCCAACGAGCAGAUCCGCCGCAAGGCCGGCCAGGACGCCGGCGCCGCGCGCGAGGAGCUCGAGCGCAAGGAGCGCAUCAAGGAGGCGGAGCGCAAGCGCCGCGAAAAGGCCGAUGACAUUGCCGCCAAGGCGCGCGUCAAGGCCCAGAUCGAGGAGGACAAGCGCGCGCGCGCAGAAAAGGCGGCGCGCGAAAAGGCGCUGCGCGAGGGCACGCCGCUCCCCGGCGCGGCGCCCCAGGGCGCGCCCGCGCCGCCGCCCACCGCGUCCGUGCCCCGCGCGAAUGCGGGCACGGAGGCGCGUCUCCGCGUCCGUGCGCCGGGCGGCCAGUGGAUGGGCACGCUGCCCGCCGACGCGACGCUCGCCGACCUCGAAAAGGCGGUGCUUGCGGAUGGCAAGGGCGGCGAUGCGUCCGCGCUGCAGUUUUCGUCGACCUUUCCCCGGCGCACCUUUGGCGCGGCCGAGCGCCAAGAGACGCUCAAGGCGCUGGGGCUCGUGCCGAACGCGGCCCUGGAUGCGAGUAGUGCGUAG